ACAAAGAUUUGACAUUAAAAACUUUCACUUUAAACAGUUUGAUUCAUACAUUUUCGAUUAUGGUUUUCAAUGGUUGUUAAAUGUAAUUUGCCCCCCCAUCCCUUUCUUUUUGUCCUCCUCUCUCUCUCUCUCUCCCUCUGAGGCCUACUUCUACCUCCCCUGCUGUCUCUCUCCUCACCCUCACUGUGUGUGCUGUUAAUAAUUGAUGAUCUUUACCGACUCAAAGGGUAACUGGUCUGGGAGAAAAUGUCUCACCAAUUUCUUUAUUUAUUUACAAGUUUUCCUUGAAGCCUAGUCACUGUGAAACCACCACAAGUGUUUGUUUUUUUGAGCACAGGGAUCGAUGGCACGAAGCAGCCUGCCUGUGUCCGCUGUUAGGUUUGCGGUAGCUGCAACACCUGCGAGUGGGUUAAUACUGCCUGCCUGUCUGUCUGACAGCAGGACAGAGGGGAGGAAAGGGAAGCUUAAAUGAUGACAUCAAAGCCACGGAGAAAGAGAAGAGGAAUGACAUGUCCUUCUCCAGGAAGAGAAGUUUCACUUUUGGGGCAUAUGGCGGUGUGGACAGGUUCACAUGUGGCGACGAGAUGAGACCUGAAUCCGCACGAGGCAACAUACUGGACAACCUGGACUCCCCUGCCAGUGAAAGCAAGCCUUUCCUCUCUGCCAACAGCAACCUGAGGGACACAGAGCUGUUUGAAAUCAUUGAAAAGCUGCAGGGCAGCAGGAUCGAUGAGCAGCGGUGUGAAUUUCCUCUGCCUCUGAAGUCUCAGAUUUUGACAUUAGGGGGAGAUCUGCCGCUCAUUCUCCCAUCAAAGUUGGGGGGCUACUGGAUAGACCCCCCACUGGAGAGGCUUGUAGGUGUGAGUCCCACCUCCUCCCACUACGGCCUGGAUUCAGAGAGCUACGACAUCAUGGAAAGAGACAGAGAGGCCAAAAUCUACCAUGAGGUCUUCUGCUCAAGGUACCAUCAUUCAUUCACAGCAGUGGAUCCAUCCGUGGGGCCGCUGGUUCUCUCUGUGUGUUUGGAGGAAGAGGAGAAUAAGCUGCGGGUCAUUCUGAGAAUGAAGGAGUGCUCUCUGCAUGGAGUUUUCUCUCUGUCUCUCUUCCCGAACAUCCCAUCUGCAGUGGAAUUAACAAAGAUGCUCUGUGACAGAGUGACUGUCUCAAAGUUUGAAGUGGUCAGCUACCUCAAGGCUCCAGAACUUAUAACCACAUUCGAUGAGCACAGAGUGUCUCAGAAUUUCAAGUUUGGAAUUUUGUACCAAAAAGAGGGGCAGUUCACUGAGGAGGACAUACUUGGUAACAAUGAUGAAAGCGAAGAGUUUAAAGAGUUCCUGUCCAUUUUGGGGGAGACCAUUCAGCUGCAGGGCUUUACUGGAUUCAGAGGAGGACUGGAUGUUUGUCAUGGUCAGACAGGAAGUGAAGCUGUCUUCACUUCCUUUCGUGGAAGAGAAAUCAUGUUCCAUGUCGCAACUAAACUGCCUUUCACAGAGGGUGACCCACAGCAGUUACAAAGAAAAAGACACAUCGGUAAUGACAUUGUGGCUUUGGUCUACCAGGAGGGCCGCACCCCUUUUCUCUCUGAUGUUAUCAAGUCUCACUUCCUCCACUGUUUCCUGGUGGUCCGGAGGAUUCAGAGGGAGGAGGAGACAGACGGAGCUGCGUACCAGGUUUCCGUCACAGCCAGAGGGGAUGUUCCUCCUUUCAGUCCGGUCGUCCCAGACCCUCCCGUCUUCACAGAUCGUUCCCACUUGAGAGGAUUUCUUCUGACCAAGCUCAUCAAUGCAGAGAUUUCCUGCUAUAAGGCGGAGCGCUUCAGUAGAUUAGAGCUUCGGACUCGUUCGUCACUCCUCGAGAGCUUACAGGCCGAACUCUCCACCCGUUCCCAGUGCAUGAUGGGGGAUCCAUCACUGGCUUCUCUCCCUUGUUCUGAAGGCGUACGGGGGACGUCUGAGGGGAGUGGAGGAUUCAUUGAGAAUUUUAAGAGAGCCAUCAGAGUGCGGAGCCAUUCUUUUGAGGCUCUUGGGGUACAGAGGAAGACUGGGGGCAGUGCAUCUCAGAAGUCUAAGACAGAGAAAGAUGUAGAAAGUGACAAAUCUCCAGGAGCUCUGCCUGCUCUCGCUGACAGUUUUGGACCAGCUGAACUCAAAGAUCAAGCAAGUCCUCAAGAGGAGGCAUAGAAAGAAAUGUAAAUUUGUAGAUUUUAGACAUAUAUAUAUAUAGAGAGAAAUUGCUAGCCUAUAUGGUUACUACUUUAUUAUACGCAUGGAUGACUUCUAUGUAAAUAGAGUGUAAACGCAAAUAGUAUUUAUGAGAAUAUACAUAUUUUACUGUCAUGGCAGUGAUAUUCUAGUUUAUCAAGAAUCUCCAAAUUAUAUUUCAGAGAAAUGUUCACCAUGUUCAACUGCAAAGAAAGGCUUGAAUAAAAUAAUGAGUUCCCUGCUGUGUUAUUAAAUAUGACAAAUGUUA